UACGGGCCCUUCAAGGGCAAGGGUUUUAGUAGCACAAAAAUCACCUCAACCCAUAAGUCACAAUAGUGGAAUCCCUCCUAAAGUUUCCAUUUAAAUAUAGGAGCAAACUUGGCAGAGCGAACCCAACCCUCUGCCUUCCUUCUUCUCCAAAAUUGCCUAUAAAGUCUGAAACUUUUUCCAACUCCAUCAGCUCUCCCCAUGAAAACCAACUCCAACACCUUCACAAACCCAACUAUUACAUAUUUCUCUUAGGCACUUCCUUAAUAUUUCUUUCUUUCUUCUAAAUUCUUCCCUCUAUUUUCCUCUGAAAUUAAUGGAAAGACACAUGAACGCUAUAUCGUCUUCUCCAACUUCACCCACAACCUUUGUCCAAGCAGACGCAAACACCUUCAGAGACCUAGUCCAGAAGCUCACGGGUUUAACCAGCAGCGAUUCAGAAAAGCUCCCCGUUACUCUCCCUGCUAGACUCUCCUCAAAGCUUUCCCAUCCUGUUGAUCCCACGGGCCCUCGCUGCUCACCUUUCAAGCUCCAAGAACGCAGACAGGCCAUGAGAAAGCUUGAAAUCAAACUUGGCCUCACCUCUCGCAGAAACUCACCAACUCACUUCUCCCCCCACCAAACUCAUCACCGACUCGACUCACUGAUACCCAGUCCGGUGACUCCACUGUCCUCAGAGUCACUCUUUUUCCGAAGCCCAGGUACUGAGUCACCGUCGUCUCCAACAGUUUCAGAGGAGGAGAAAGCGAUAACAGAGAAAGGGUUUUAUCUGCAUCCAUCACCGCUGACUACACCAAGUGGAAGCGAGCCACCGGAGCUCUUGAGUCUUUUUCCACUGAGUUCUCCCAGUCAGAGAAAUCAAGAUUAGAGCUUUUCUUUGUUUCUUGAAAUAAUGUUAUAGGAAAUACGUAUAAUCUCAGGUUUUGAAGGCCGGCAAAUAUCUUACUGGGGUCAUGGUAGUAUCCUUACUGUUAGAGAGUAUAUAUAGAGAGUACUGUUAAGCACUUGGUUUCUUGAUUUUCUAUGCAAUAAUGGAAGGGUAUAGUUUCACCUUUUUACAGA